AUGAAGGCCGCCCUGGAUCAGGCCUUUGCAAGGGUACGCCGGCGCCGUCUUCUUCCAGCUCCUCUCCGUCUACAAGACUACCACCCACCACCUCAAUCCCCCUACCUUCGCCCACUCGCUGCUUCACGGAGACAUGGACAAGUACAUGCACUAAGCCGUCCGAUAAAGGUCCUCCAGCUACAAUCCGCGCUCCAGGGGGUCAUUUCGCCCUUGUUCUACUCCAGUAGCAACGCCACCUCUGUGGACCAGAUCUCCAUGGAGCACCACGGCGACAUCGCCCGCGUGCUCGACUACUGGUUCCCACCGUCUUCAGCCGACGACAGCAGCAACGAUCCGACCAAGAAGUGGUUCCUGCCGGCGAACCCGGAGGCCGUCGACGCCGAGAUCCGCAGCCAAUUCGGGCCGCUAGUCGAGCAGGCCCGCGAGGGGUCUCUAGACGACUGGGCAUCGACGCCGCUCGGCGCGCUCGCCCUGACCGUCCUCCUCGACCAGUUCCCGCGCAACAUCUACCGCGGCUCGGGCCUGUCGUACGCGUCGGACGCCCAGGCCGUCGACCUGGUCGUGGCAUCGAUGGCCCGCGAGUUCGACCGCUCUCCGGACCUAACGCCGCUCAUGGCCAUGUUCUUCUACAUGCCGUUGAUGCACGCCGAGAGCCUGAUGCCCCAGGUCGCGGCCAUCUCUCUGCUUGAAGGACUCGCCGCGCGGUGCCGGGCUGGGUCUUUUGCCACGUCGGCAUCGCCUCGCGCGGCCGUCGCGGUCGAAGAGGCGGCCAAGUUCGCACAGAUCUCGUGCGACUUCGCCAAGGCGCACCGCGAUGUCAUUCUGCGCUUCGGCAGGUUCCCCAGCCGGAACGCGGCGCUGGGGAGGGAAAGCACCCCCGAUGAGGUCGAGUUCCUGAGGCAGAACCCCAGCGGGUUCGUGUCCUCGGGUGCACGGUCAGAACAAAAGUGA